UCAUGCUUGAUGUGUAGCAAGCGAAAGGUCAAGUGCGACAAACAGAAGCCAUGCACCAGCUGCGUCAAGGCUGGAAACGAGUGCGUGUUCCCCGCCAGCAUCGCGAACCGGGCUCAGGUUGGGAUGGCACCGGAGAUCUUUGAGAUGCUGCAGAGACUUGAGAAGGCUGUGCAG